AUGCGCCCCAUGGGGCGCAGAACGGCCAUUCUGCUGACGCUGUGCGUGGUCCUCAGAGGGGCCUCAGCGACGGCCAUCCAUGCGGGACACCCAGGCGACCUGCCUUUGCUGCAGCCGUCGCCGCUGCUCCCCCGCCCCGGCACUUUUGCCCCAAACGGCGUCCAGUCUUCGGGCUCCUCCCCAGGCCUGGCGCGGCGAGGCACCAAUCGGCGCUUGAGCGCCCUCUCGGCCGAUUCUGGGCCCACCGCCGGAGGUACGGACGUUGGCCUGGAAGCCAUCGGGUCCGUGAACGGCUCCGGGGUGCAGAAGAUGGAGGGGGCGCUCUCGAGCGACGAGCCGCCGUCCCUGUGGAGCGCCGCGUUCCGCGGCAGGGAGGACGCCGUGGAGGAGUUUGUCGAAGGCGGCGCGGACGUGAACCAGAGGAACCGCAACGGGACGACGCCCCUCUACGUCGCCGCCCAGAACGGCCACGCAGCCGUCGUGGAGCGCCUUCUGGCAGCAGGUGCCGAGGUGAAUGCAAAAUCUAAAGCAGGGUCCACGCCCCUGCUGGUGGCAGCGCACAACAAUCAUGUCAACAUCGUCAAACUACUCUUGGAAAAUGGAGCCUUUCCUAAUAGCAGGACUGUGCAGACUGGACAGACUGCACUGUGGCAAGCAUCAUACCUGGGGUUCCUGGAGGUGGUGCAGACACUCCUGGACGGUGGCGCAGGUGUGGACUUGCCAUCAACUUCGAAAGGCGCGACGCCUCUGUACGCCGCAGUCAACAGGGGCCACAUAGAGGUCCUUUCGAUCCUCAUUGAUGCGGGGGCUUCUGUAACCACCCCGCUCACGAACGGCGUCACCCCCCUCCAUAUGGCCAGCGCGCUCCUGCGCCCUGAUAUGGUGGAGCUCCUGCUGAUGAAUGGUGCGGAUCCUUCAGCACUGGAUGCCGAUGGCGACACUGCCGCAGAUGUGGUUGGCGUGGCCAGUCCCGGACGUAACGACUCCCUGAGGGCUGGGAUAUUGAAGCUGUUGGAGCCAAGCGAUUCGGUGACAACGUCGGGGAGCGAGCCGUCACCGCAGGGGACGGUUGCCAUGGCUGGAAACGGCAGUGGGAGCAAACGCCUGUCCGCAGUGAUGGUGCUCGUUCCAGUACUGGCUGGACUGAUCUUUAUCGUGGCCUUGACGUCCGCCCUGCGCCUGCGCAGCUGGUCGCACUCCAGGGUCGACCGCGCCGAGCUGGACCCCCACGUGAGGCUAAACGACCUGCUGAGCAAGGGGCUUUCCGGCAAGAGGGCGCCGUUGGAAUUUGGCCCAGAAUACAACAGCUCCAGCAUGGAUUCAUGCCACGCAGCUGUGGACGGCCAUUGGGACGAGUCGCAAGAUUCGCGUGACGCUGCACUGAUGCCCAGGAGAGCUGGGGGCCCGAGAGGAAGGACAGGGGGCAGCCGUCGGUCCAAGGGGCAGUCUUCAAUGCUUUCGAGCCCGACGUAUUCCAGCGACGACAGCAAGGCGCUGUGGGAUACAUUCAUGACCAGCACGAGGGGCGUUACCGUCAACAGCCCAGCAUACAAGCUGUAG